AUGGAGGGGAUUAUAUAUGAGUAUUCUAGUCUUUAUAGUGGUCUAGUAAGUGCGAUAACAUCGCAGCUAAUGAUAGAUGCUAAUAUUCACAAUAUAGAGAUAAAAUAUAUAGUUAGUGAUAUAUGUCCCCCUGUUGGUAUCCACAAUGAUGUAGGUGUGCGGGUUUUUUUAGAUCAAAAGAAAUAUAAUGUAGAUUUCUUUACGAAAUAUCCAUUGUGCAUAACUUUGAAAAAUAUAGCAAUAGAUAAUCAGGAUUCUGUAGUUGUUGUGGAUAGGAGACAUUCUGAUGUUAGUAGAACACUAACUAACUUUGAUUUAUACUCCAGCAACUCCAUCCGCUUGAUAGGAGUGAAUUUAGAUGGAGUUGUCGAUGAGAAUACUGAUGAAGGAAAUGGAGUAAUCAGUGACCUUUAUAACUUAUUUAUAGCUGAAAAUCAGAUUUACAAUGAUAAAGAAGCACUUUUGGAGGUUAUGCGACAUUAUGGAGUUGUGGAAAAAUUCAAAUUUCUUGUGACUCGUUCUAGUUCAUCUUGUUAUUACCUGAAGUGUCCUGCUGAUAAUUGUUCCUGGAUGAUGAACUCAUCAUGUUUGAAUCAAUCAAAGCUAUUUAAAAUUAGAAAGUACUGUGCGGAACACACUUGUUCCGUUAGAGAUAGAGUGUAUGCAAGACGUCAGGGAAUAACUGACGUUGUAGCUGUUUUAAUAAUGGAUAAAUUUAUUGAUUCAUCGACUGUAUACACUCCAAAAGAUAUAGCUGAAGACGUUUUGAAAGUGCAUGAUGUUGCGCUGACAUACAUGCAGGCCUGGAGAGCUAAAGAAAAGGCGAUAAAAUUGGUGCGUGGAGAUCCAGCCGAAUCAUAUGCCAAACUUCCAGAAUCAUGUAUUAGAGGUUGGGAGUAUUGUAGGCCAAUUGUAGUUGUUGAUGGGGCAGCUUUGAGAGGCGCAUAUGGUGGUACAAUGUUGACUGCAAGCACUAUGGAUCCAAGAGGUCACAUACUUCCACUUGCUUAUGACAUAGUGGAUUCUGAGAAUGAUGCAUCAUGGACCUGGUUCUUUGAACAAUUUAGGGAAGCAUAUGGAGAAAGGGAAAACAUGUAUUUUAUUUCAGAUAGAAAUGAGAGCAUAUGGAAAGGGACUGCCAGAGUAUAUCCUGGAUUGGAACAUUUUGCUUGCAUAUGA